AUGGUGGGCUUGUCAAGCAGAUCAGAGCACAAGAAGAGCGACCGGGAAGAGGCGAAACUGCAUCGCCGGCACCACCGACCUCCCGAGAUGCACUUCCUCCGCGUCCUUCACGAGCACUGGAUCCUCCCCUGCAUGCGCAAGAUGAUGGUCAGCUCGUCCCUUGACCCCUCGACCCUCAUCUACGCCUGUUGCAUGGAGAGAGGCGACCUACAACUCGUCACUUGCGGACGCAGGGGACUUCAACCGCACACCUCCGCGAUACUGCCACUGGCUGGCCCCACCCAAGCUGCUCUGAAGCGGGUGGGCACCCAGAUCCGCACCCUCCAAGCCGCUCUGAGCGAGCCGGAGGGCAAAGGAUUCGGCUGCCCCACCUUGCUGAAGGCGGCAAAGGUCCUGCACGACAAAUAUGAGUUGUUAGCAUCCGCUGCUCCAACCACGCCUCAACCUGCUGCUACUACGCGUUCUGCCGCACCCACCAAGACCGCCUCAAUCUACAGCACGACCACCUCAAAACCAACGUGUAGCGACACAACUACCCCGGCCCUCCUGCCCGUCCUGACACUCAAGCAGGUCGACAAGCGCAUCCAGAGUGCCAUUUGA